CGCUGCAGCCGACGAUGUUCUUUUUUUUUGCGUAAAGGAGAGAAUGCUUUUCACUCGUGCCGCCGUGAGGGCUCUUUCCUGCCGGGCAGGAUUACCGAAAUCAGCGAUGGUGGCGCUAUCUCCCGCUCGCACUGCUACUGGUAGUAACUUGCCUGCUGCCCUACCGAAUUAAUGUCGUCGUCUGUCCAUCAUGGCGUCACACGUGUCUGGCGAUGGCGAUGGAGGGAAGACGCUGGUCGUCGGAGUUGCGGCCGCCGCAGCAGGAAUUACCGUCGCCGCAGCGCCCAAUCAGUUGCAGGUGUAUCCGAAUGGGAAAAUGACACAGCAUAUGAAUAACCUUGUCCCCGGAGACACACUUGAUGUCAAGGGACCAAUUACCAGGAUCCCCUACACAGCAAACAUGAAGAAGCGAAUUGGCAUGAUUUGUGGUGGUAGUGGUAUUACGCCCAUGUUUCAGGUUCUUGACCGCAUUGCAAAAACUCCUGAGGAUACGACUCAGGUGUCUCUGGUGUUUGCAAACGUGUCGGAGAGUGAUAUUCUGCUCCGGAAAGAGCUCGAUUGCCUCUCCUUUUCACAUCCGAAUGUUAAGUGGAGGCUCUGGUGUGAACACUUCGUCGAUCUUUCAGUGUGCCUGGUCCGAGUGCGACUCACGUGGACCAGGGACGAAGAGCAUCGCGCUUGGUUCGAGUACUUGGAGUUGCUGAUCAUCCAGGUGUGGAGGACGAAUAUGGAGGGUGAUCUUCUCGGAUUCCUGUUCGGAUCGGUGCGACCCGGCCAUCGCCAGCUAAUCGUGCAGGAGCUCACAAUUCCUCUCGCGCAGUUGGUUGACGAUUUUCCUCUCGAGAUCGUCUCGCAGAGCGACGAGAGCCCGGUCCCGCACGUCCUCACACGGACGCUGACACCGUGUCUUCAGUGGUCGGCGUGCUUGGAAGAGCCGGGAAGCGGCCGCAAUCCGCCAUCGCAGCGGGGAUAUCUGGACCCGCGGAAAAUCAUCGAUCUCGCCUUCUUCCAAGAUCGAACCGUCUCUAAAGACGAGGAGUUAGCGAUCGCAGAAAAAGAAGAAGAAGAAGAAGGCGUAGAAGAAGAAGAGGCGGCUGAGGAGAACGACGAGGAAGAAACACCGGAAGAGGGGAGUUACAGUGAGCACAACGAAGGGGAGCAGAGUGAGGCAGAGGAAGAAGAAGAAGAGGAAGAGCUAGAGCACGAAGAAUCGGAGUGGGAGAUCUCGGUGGAAGAGGCGGAACAAAUGGACGAUCAGGCAAAAGACCCCGACGGAGCAAGAGAGAGGAGAUCGCGGUCGGAAAGCGACAGUUGGAAUUCGCCGGCGAGCAAAUUUGCAGAUCGCCGACGAUCCGGCCCGAGAUCCGGAGCCGCCCAACCCCGAAGAUGGAGACCCAGCAGCCGAGACUUCGAGCGCACCGACGAGACGGCGACGAAGCCGAUCCCCCUCCCCCUCGACCUCCGACCGUCCAUCAGUUCGAGUCCGUAUUGAUGCGGGUCAUCGGGCUUCGUCCCCGGUUGUUAUCCCGCUGUCAGGCGGCCACAAGCAGU